AUGGCAUUUUUCAAAAACUUUCAACAAAAUCUGAGCCUUCCUUCUGUGUCUUCUCUGGUUGACGCUCUUAGUAAUGCUGUAGAUGAUCUGACCAGUGCUGUUGGAGAGGUCAGCUAUACUGUAGCUGAUUCAGUCACAGAGCAGGUAACAAGCAUGAUAAAUGGCCUUCGCACAGAAGAUGAAAACUCUAGAAUGCAAGAGGAUAAAUCUAUGCCUAUUAAAGAGGAAAAUAUAACAUCAUUGGCAGAUUCUAAGGAAACUAAUAUGAAGGAAAAAAGAUGUGUUGAAGAAGAUAAACAUAAGCAGACUCAUUAUUCUGAUUCAUCAGAUUCUGUAAAACAAGAGUUGAAUCAAGUUAGAAUGUCAGUUCAUGUCCAGGACAAAAGAAACAAUCAAUUAAAACGGGGAGAUGCUAACAAACAUUCUAAUGAUAUUGAAGUUUCUGAAGACAUGAAAAAAGUAGGAAGACAUGUUAAAAGUAAAGGAGCCACUGGAAAUAAAUACUUGGAAAAUGAAAAGUUUUCAAAGGAUAAUAAUUUGAAUAGUAAUACAUUUAUAACAGAUGAAUCUAUUAUUAAAGACCCAGGCAAUGGGUUACAUGCAGUACUGGAAAAUUCUAAGGAUCACUUGCAUAGAAAAGUCAAAUCCAGGGCUUCAGCGAUUGAUUUUCAGGACCCCAAAGAGCAGCCCUGUACAGAUGGAUACAAGGAUUUAGAAGCAAAAGCAAAUGACGUACCAAAGCAGAGAUUAUCAGAGUCAAAUUUUAAAAAGGCACCGAGUGAUCAUCCUGAUUGUGUUAAUGAAGUAAAAGCAAAGAAAUACAAAACUUUUUCUGAUGGUAACGAACAAACCAUAAUGAAACAUGAAGAAAAUGCAACAACCGCAUUUUCUAAAGAAGGUAAAAAGAGAAAUUAUAAGGAAUCAGAAAAGAUUUCAAGAGAAGUAAGUAGCAAGAAGACACCAGAAAAAGACAACUCGUACAUGAAUAAAGACCAGCAUGGUUCCUCCUCUGAAAGUGAAGACGAGGCAUUGGGUAAAUACCAUGAGGCCUUGUCCAGAACACAAAGUUCCAGGCCACCAAUGGUAGAUAGCAGACAGCAAAAAAAUUACAUUUGGGAAACUAGACAAAAAUAUAGCCCUCUGUCUGCAGAGUAUGAUGGGUACAGUAGUGAAGCCUCGAUAGAUGAAGCAAACUGUAUUCAAAGAAUGAGAAGAACACCUCCACUGGAUGAACUGCAGCCUCCACCAUAUCAGGAUGAUAGUGGUUCUCCUCACCUCUCUUGUACACCCUCUGAAGUUGAUGACAGUAAAUGUGAAUUUUCCCACUGUAGCAACAGUCCAAGAUGUUCAUACAAGUGCCCAAGUGAAGGAAGCACUGGACAUGAAAUAGAAAGCUUCCAUAACAAAGGAUAUGAAGAGGAUGUACCCAGUGAUAGUACUGCUGUCCUUAGCCCAGAGGAUAUGUCAGCUCGAGGAUCAUCUUCACAGCUUCCUAAACCUUUUGAUCCUGAGCCAGUAGCUAAAUACGGCACGCUGGAUGUGACUUUUGACUAUGACUCACAAGAACAGAAGCUUCUAGUAACAGUGACAGCUGUCACAGACAUCCCAACAUAUAACAGGACAGGUGGAAACUCAUGGCAAGUACAUCUAGUUCUCCUACCUAUAAAAAAACAGAGAGCAAAAACCAGCAUCCAGCGGGGACCAUGCCCUGUCUUCGCAGAGACAUUCAAAUUUAAUCACGUUGAAUCUGAGAUGAUUGGGAAUUAUGCAGUUCGCUUUAGACUGUAUGGUGUACGUCGCAUGAAAAAAGAGAGGAUUGUGGGGGAAAAGAUUUUUUACUUAACCAAAUUGAAUCUUCAAGGGAAGAUGUCAGUACCAGUGAUAAUGGAGCCUUCUUACAGUCUUUCUGGCUGUGACUCUCAAAUAAGCAUGUCAGAAAUGUCCUGCAGCGAAAGUACCUCCUCUUGUCAGUCCCUGGUACAUGGCUCAGCUCCAGAAAUCCUGAUCGGCCUACUUUAUAAUGCCACAACUGGAAGACUAUCAGCAGAAGUGAUAAAAGGCAGCCACUUCAAAAACUUGGCAGCAAACAGACCACCCAAUACAUAUGUUAAGUUAACACUGCUGAAUUCCAUGGGUCAGGAGAUGUCCAAGUGCAAGACAUCCAUCCGCCGAGGGCAGCCAAAUCCAGUAUACAAAGAAACCUUCAUUUUUCAAGUGGCACUAUUUCAGCUUUCAGAUGUGACGCUCAUACUGUCUGUGUAUAAUAAACGCAGCAUGAAACGAAAAGAGAUGAUAGGCUGGAUUUCUCUAGGUCUCAACAGCUCAGGAGAAGAGGAACUACAUCACUGGACUGAAAUGAAAGAAUCAAAAGGACAACAAAUCUGUAGAUGGCACUCAUUACUAGAGUCUUAA